AUGUGGAGCGGGCGCUGCUGGCUGCUGCUGGCGGCGCUGGGCUGGCUGCUGCCGGCGGAGGCCGGGGCCAGCGGCGAGUACUGCCACGGCUGGCUGGACGCGCAGGGCGCCUGGCGGGACGGGUUCCAGUGCCCGGAGCGCUUUGACGGCGGGGACGCCACCAUCUGCUGCGGCAGCUGCGCCUUGCGCUACUGCUGCUCCAGCGCCGAGGCCAGGCUGGACCAGGGCGUGUGCGACAACGACCGGCAGCAGGGGGCAGACGAGCAGGGCCGGCCGGACAAAGACGGCCCGGAUGGCGCAGCAGUGCCUAUUUAUGUGCCAUUCCUUAUAGUUGGAUCUGUUUUUGUUGCCUUUAUCAUCUUGGGGUCUGUAGUAGCAGCUUGUUGCUGCAGAUGCCUGCGACCCAAGCAAGAGCCACAGCAGAGCCGAGCACCUGGAGGUAAUCGGCUGAUGGAGACUAUUCCCAUGAUUCCAAGUGCUAGUACCUCCCGUGGUUCCUCUUCUCGUCAAUCAAGUACUGCUGCCAGCUCCAGUUCCAGUGCCAAUUCAGGUGCCAGAGCCCCCCCUACUAGGUCACAGACCAACUGCUGUUUGCCAGAAGGGACCAUGAAUAAUGUCUAUGUCAACAUGCCUACUAAUUUCUCAGUACUGAACUGCCAGCAGGCUACCCAGAUUGUGCCACACCAAGGGCAGUAUCUGCACCCACAGUAUGUAGGUUAUGCUGUCCAACAUGACUCUAUGCCUAUGACCCCAGUGCCACCUUUCCUGGAUGGUCUGCAAAGUGGAUACAGGCAGAUUCAGUCUCCCUAUCCCCAUGCCAAUAGUGAACAGAAGAUGUACCCUGCAGUGACUGUGUAACUUAAAAAAAAAAAAAAAAAAUCACAUAUUUUAGCACCUAAGCAGAGGAGAAAUACUUCUGGAAUGAAGCUUGUAGAACCUCAUUUGUAAAUAAUUUUGAAAGACUCAUGCAUGUCAGACAGUGUUUAUAAACCAUUUCUUUACAUUGGA